GUCUCAGCCGUGAACCUCCCGCCCGGGCUUCAAUAUGGACCCAGGCAGGCAGUCGGCAGAGCGGUGGCGGAGCUCACUGAAGUCGGCUUCGGAAGGAACCGUCCCGUCAUGGAUAUGGGCUGUGCUUACCAUAGCUUUUCGAAGGGUGAGCUUCGUGUCCAGCUGGACCUUCGUGACUUCCCGGAAGUGAUGAAGCUGAUUUCCUCGUCCAUGUCAAGCAUGACUUGCCAUCACCCUGGCAUCGAAGGCCUCAAUGUCAUCGCUCGCCACUACGAGGGUCCGUCGGAGAAGGACCGCUUGGCUUUCCAUGCGGACAACUUUGUGGUCGGGGAGUGGGUGUUCGGGUGCAUCUUGCGGCAGGAUUCCGAGGACGAUGCGUUGACGCUCUGCUUCCGAGAGCGAGACGGCCCCCGCGAGUUUUGCAUGAAGGAGGAGGCUGGCCACCUCUACCGACAGACGGCUGAGGCGAGGCAUCAUUGGAGCCAUGGUAUACCUGCCGGAGGACGAGGCCCUGUGCGCCAGUCCCUGACCUGGCGAUGGCUCCGCCCCAGCUUUCUGCUGUGGAGUGCCUUGGAGCAGCGCUGCGACCGAUGGCGACAGGGCCGAUGGCUCCGAGACUUCGUCGCAGCCUGUCAAGCCGCGGGCAUUGAGCACGAGGUCGUGCAACAGUUCCUGCAACGCUGGCUGCCGGUGUGUGCGCCAGCUGCAUGGGAGGUCCCUCCCCCGGAUCAGCGAAAGCAGGGGCCAAAGCUGCCCCGAACUCUGCAGCAACGCCUGGAGAGGAGGUUUGCCGCAAGCACUUCAGGCCCGCGAGCAGCCAAG